UGUCCCCGUGGCCAUGCUGUGCCGCGCGCUGCUCCGCCGCGCCGCCGCCGCGCCCGCCCGUCCGUCCUCAGCGCUUCCCCUGCAGCAUCUCUUGGAGAACUACCAGUGCAGCCAAGAAGAUGACCACCUGUCUUACGGAGAAACGGGAAUGCCGGUCCCUCCUUUCGGCUGCACCUUUUCUACAGCCCCAAAUUUGGAGCACGUACUGGCAGUUGCAAAUGAAGAAGGGUUUGUUAGACUGUAUGAUACUGAAGCACAGACCACCAGCAAGCUCGUUUUUAAAGAAUGGCAGGCUCACUCAAAUGCUGUAUUUGACCUUGCCUGGGUGCCAGGGGAACACAGGAUUGUCACUGCUUCAGGAGACCAGACAGCCAAGGUGUGGGAUGUGAGAGCUGGCGAGCUUCUUGGCAUAUGCAAAGGUCACCAGUGUAGCCUCAAGUCAGUUGCUUUUUCUAGAUUUGAGAAAGCUGUCUUCUGUACUGGAGGCAGAGAUGGAAACAUCAUGGUUUGGGAUACCAGGUGCAACAAGAAAGAUGGCUUCUACAGACAGGUGAAUCAAAUCAGUGGAGCACACAACGUGGCUGACAAGCAGACUCCUUCCAAACAGAAGAAGAAGAGGCAGAACCUGAGAGGACUUGCUCCCUUGGUGGAUUUCCAGCAGAGUGUAACUGUGGUGCUGCUUCAGGACGAGCAUACUCUGAUCUCUGCAGGAGCUGUUGAUGGUGUGAUCAAAGUGUGGGACUUGCGCAGGAACUACGCCGCCUUCCGUCAGGACCCGCUGCCCAUCAGGUCUUUCUGCUACCCUGGAACCAGCACUCGCAAGCUUGGAUAUUCUAGCCUGGUUUUGGAUUCCACUGGUGCUAAUCUCUUUGCUAACUGCACUGAUGAUAGUAUCUACAUGUUCAAUAUGACAAGUUUAAGGACCACUCCAGUGGCUGUUUUCAGCGGACACCAGAAUUCAACCUUUUACAUUAAAUCCAGCACCAGCCCAGAUGACCAGUUCCUGGUCAGUGGCUCGAGUGACUGCAAUGCAUACAUCUGGAAGGUUUCUGAGCCCAGCCUUCCUCCACGGAUACUCCUUGGUCACUCUCAAGAAGUUACCUCCAUUGCUUGGUGUCCUUCAGACUUCACUAAGAUUGCCACGUGCUCUGAUGACAACACUGUGAGGAUUUGGCGCUUACGACGUUGUCCUGAGGAGGAGAAAUCAGUACCCAGAAAAGCCAACUUGGUGGGCUGGGUCACUCAGAAGAAACCAGAAGAACAUGGAGCAGGGCGACCAGCCAGCCCACAGAGCACUCCUGCCAAGGCCUUGACAGCGGGCAGCAUGUGCAUUUCCUCGCCACGGCCCGCUGCCUGUGCUCCCACUUACUCUGGAGACCUUCCGCUGCCAACCAACACUCCGACGGUCGCUGUCAAAACCCCGACCACCACAGCCUCCACCCCAGCCAAGCCCCCUGGAGCCAGCCCGUGUGCCUCUCCCAAACUGAUCCCUUCCUCCAAAAUGUCCAUCAAACAUUGGGUUACAAGGACUCCGUGCUCUUCUCCUCCAGAAGUGGAGAAAAAGGCUCCUUCUCCUAGAAAAGCCCUGGCAGAAGUCCCCCAGGGUCUCCUGGAAGCUGCUUGCCCUCCCAAAGUCCCACACUCACAGUUUGAAAAGCGUGCCAAGAGAAGGCUUGACUGCAGCAAGGAGGGUGAUGCGGGGCAGAAGUGUCUGCAGGCCUGUAGCUGUGUCACUGAGCUGGACCAUGCAGCUAAGAAAUCCAAGCUGAAUUUAUGUCACUUGGUUCCAGACCAAAAAGCUUCUGAUGAAGACUCUCUCAGCCUGGCUGACUUGACUAACGACCAUGAAAGCUCCAGCCACAGCCCAAAAGAGCCUUCCCUUUCUGGAAGCCAUAUUAAUCCAUCAGGCAUUCAAACUUCCCCCCAGCUUUUCAGAUCUCCACAUGGGAAAGACACUGAGGUAGUAGAUAAAGAGAACAGUUCUCCUGAAAGAAAAAAUUGGUUGUCUGCUCUGGGAGAGAAGCUACGGACUGGCAGAGCUGGCAGCCAGAGCACAUCAAACAGCCCCCUGUCAUCCUGCAGUCCUGGUGCCAAAAGACAGGAGUCUGUGGCAGUGGCCACUUCGCCAAAAACUGCUUCAGCCACUUCCGUUUCCAUGAGGAAGAUCUGCACAUACUUCCACAGGAAGCCACAGAGUGACUGAAGCAGCGUGCAGUGGUUGCACCUGAGGGGUGUUGACACCGAGGUAUCAGGACCAGACCUAACAAUGCCAACAACGAUGCACCAGGAUUACACAAUUUGUUGUCAGAACUUCACAGACUUGAGGUUUUAGUCUUCCUGUUUUUAAAGUUGUUAACAGUUGAAGUCAGCUGAGUGUGUAAAAUAUACACAAUACUUACUCAUGGUCUCUUUCUGACUUAGGGUAUGUAUUUUCUUAUAAACAAGGUGGUUUUUACGUGGCAACUGUUCUAGUCCAAAGACAGCAACAGCUCUGCUGUGUAUUGUUGACAGGCGCAUAUAGCUUGUUAGUUUAUGUUACUAAUCUGCUGUUCAAAUCUGCCUCUACUUAAGAGUAGUGUGUAAAUCAUUACACUCUCCUGAAUGUGUGUACAGAAACUUACUGGAGGUACAGCUGAGCCUCUUCAUGCCAAAUGGCAUUUCUGCAGUUACUCCUCUAGCAGUGCAAUGACUGCCUGCUUCCAGCAGGGAAGUUAGCAAUGUGUUAAUUAAAUAUAAAAAGCUUUUAAAUACCCCAUGUCCAUCUGAUGGUGACUAUGAUGUAAGAAGAGACAAAGUAUAAUCAAGUACGUAAUGCCUGUACUCCCCUUGCCAUCCCCUUUCUUCUCCACUCUGGAAACUACUGUAUUUAUCUACUUAGCUGCCUCUUGAACCAUCAGCACUACAGCUCUUGAGACCAAAAGUUUACCACUUCUAUGAAAUAAAAUACUGGCGAGGUGUGUUAGAAGAAUUACUUUGGUCUAUCCUAAAUAGCCAUCCCCUAGCAGCCCAUUGCCAGUCAGCUCUUACAGGUUCAGCCUGUAGCAAAGGCAUUAGUAACUGCUUAUAACAUACCUGCAUAACACUUUUAUAAUACAGUAGUUACAAAAUGAUACCUUAUAAACUGGGAGAGAGGCAACUGACAUUUUAGAAAGCACUUGAGAGCGUUUACAUAUUAAUUUUAAACGCUUUGCCAUUGUUAGUCAUCCCUGGUGCUGAUAGAACAUGGUCACUGAAAUGAGAUCACUGUCCUGCUAGCUAAUGACACUAAUUUCUCAGCCAAGCUUUCCCCAGGAUCUUCUAGUAGAAGUAGGAUCUUCUGUUAGAAGAGCCUCAUCUUAGGUUGGAGCAUUUACUCUGUUUUCUAGUGUAAUAGUUCCUGUGAACUUCAAAACCAAACCCUCUGAAUCCCUAGUAAGUUUCUCUACUGCAGAAGAAUUGAGGUAUUUGAAGGGGAUAGGAUCCCACUAACUUAUGUUUUCUAUCCUAAAUUUUAACACCUACUUCAGAGUAACAUUGGAAAGCAAGGUAGCCGAAAGGGAUUAGAAGGAAACAUGCUGGUCUGUAUUUUAUGUGGUAGAUUGUAUUUUGCAAGGAAAUAAAUUACUUGAGAUAAAAUGGCUUUUGUGAAAGGUCUGUUACAGCUACAAAGCAAAAGUAGAUGUGUAGUGUGCUUUUUAAAAAAAGAGUAGUUACUAUCAUGUUGCAUCUUUUAGCAGAAGCACUCGGGUACGAAUAGGGGCCAGAGCAGCUUUCUCUUGUUUACUGAAUUACAGGCCAUCAUCCUAUGAAAGUCAAUGUAGUGCUUCAGGCAUAUUUUUAUAAUUCUUCUUAAAAAAAAUUGAUUUUUUAAAAGUGAUUAUCUGAAUAGAUCUAGUACCUUAGGCAAAACAGGAAUAUAAAAAAACCUGCUUGUUUAAUUUUAACCUACUUCUGGAUAUUGAAGUAGAUGGAAGUAGUAGAAACAUAACCUAAAAUAAGUAGGUUUGGGAUUUAAUUCAGUCUUAAUUUUAAUUAUUAUAGUGGCUGUGUGGGGUACAACCUGCCUUGCCUACAACCAGAUUUUCAUGCAGGAUUCUUCCAUGCAGUUUGUAAAAAACAUUGCAGAAUAAGGAAAUCUGAACCCUAUUGAAAUACAUGAGAGUCAUCAGACACUUCAACAAUAGGAUUUCAUCUUUCUCCACUCUUCCACAAUAUUUUCCUCCUCCAGAAAUGUUCUGCAGCCAAACCAUUAUCUCCUGUAUCUUGUAAAUGACUACCUAGAGAUGAUAUACACUUAUGGGUUACCACUUGGAUGAAUAACAUUCUGUGGCCAUGUGAGAUUUUCUUCUUUCAGAUGGUACUUGUUUAGUGGAACAACUUGCUUUAUGGACCACCAGGCAUUAAUUUUUUCAUCUGAAGCUCGUAUCAACCUGGUUCAGAGUCUAGGAGAACUAAAUAAAACGUAUUUUUUUAUGUCCAACUGCCUUGACCUUACUGUGAUAAAAUCAAAAUUGCAAAAGCACAGAAAAAUUGCUGAUACAAAUCCUAUGUCGGGGUUCAGAGUACCCAGUACUGCCUUUACCUGAGAAGCUUGAUAAAAUAAGCAUCCAGAGAGCUGCUUUGUAUUGUUUUUGGCCAGCAAGCUAUACCUCUGAAUUUUCUUUCCUAUACCUCUGAAUUUUCUUUCUUUCUAAAGGAUUUACAGAAACUCUGACCUCCAUGUGUUACAAUCAAAUUAAGCCUUUUAAGGUAUUAUUCCCAAAUCCUACAUAUGUAUGUAAAUCCCACCUUAAGUAUCUUACAGGUUUUUCCAUGCAGAUGAUAGUGCUUCCUGAUGUCUUGUCUCGGUCCUCGGUGUUCACCCUCUAACUGCCAAGUGCGAUUUGGAACUGACCACAGCAGUUUCUGAUGGUGCUGCAUCCAAGAGCUGUUGCUGCUGCUCUGUUGGAAGUUGUGCCUCUCCCUGCUCAGCUCUGAGCAGCCAACCAGUUUGGAUUAAGGGCAGCUUGACAGCGACUGGGGCUAACCCUGCUCGGCAAAACUGAGCAGGCACUCCCAGGAUCUGUACAGAUGCAUGGUCAGCAAGCCUGGGCAAGCAUUUCUGCUGGGAACAGCACUCACUUCACAGUCCCUUGGGGAAGCUAACUACCAAGAAAACCUAAAAUUUAAUUGCCUCAGUUCCCUGCCUCAGCAGAUAGUUGUAGACCAAAACCGUGGAGGGGACUGAUGUGAGCGUGUGGGGACAACAUUGCCACCAAGGGGACUGUGCUGUCUAACUACCUCUUGAUGUGUAGAGCUGGCCACUUCUUGUUGGUCAGGGAGUGCUUGAGUCUUCCUCUGGCAUGGUUGUUUCUGCAGCCACUGAACAUGGCUGAAAUCUCCAGUAUGGUGAGUGUCCACACCACCUUGUAAACUGAGGUGACAGAAAAACGCACUACUGUGGCAUUGAAAAAUGUUCUAGUUGCUCUCUGUAUGUGGUAUAUAAUUUCUUAAGUUCUGUUUAGAAAUAGAUGCUUUUCAGCCAGGGAUUUGCCAAAAGCAUUUGGUAGCUGGGUAUUCAAGGGUUUGUGUGUGGCUCUUUUAAAGAAGCUCCUCAAGGUCAAAUAUUAAGAGUUUUUCAUCACCAAUAUUUAUUUGCCAGUAAAUGGGAAAUGGUGUUCAUCUUCAGGUCCACUAAAAUCAAAUUUCAUUCUUUCCCUCCUGAAGCUGACCUAAACAGUUUUCCAAGUGGAAAUUACCACCCUCUGUCUCUACACAGAACACAGAACCCAAUGGUUCAUGGUUUUCCCUCUCUCUGAUUUAUGUAUGGCCCAGUGUACAAUAAAUAAAAUACAUCCUGUUACUA